AUGCGCGACACGGAGGCUCCAGGCCCGGCAGCGCCCCAGACAGGGUCGGUGGCGGUUGAGGGCCAGCAGCAGCUGUGGAAUCAUGCAGAGCCUCCACCUCCUGCUGGCCUCUCGCUAUCCGUGGCCGAGGACGAUGCAAACUCGGCGUCGAGUCACGAUGAUGGCUCCAGCGCGGAUGAGACGACACCGGCUGUAGCCUCGUCGUCGCAAAACGGCUCGGUCGCGACCAAGAAGCGCAAGAGGACCAAGUACCAGAAGACGUCAUGUGAGCUCUGCAAGGCGCGCAAAGUCAAGUGUGACCGCGCCGAGCCCGCCUGCUCGUGGUGCGCGCGGCAUAACCGGACCUGCGUCUAUCUCGAGAGGCAGAAACCGGGCAGCCGCAUCGGCUUCAGCCUGGAGCUCGAGGCCAAGGUCAACCGCAUUGACGCUCUGCUGCAGAGCCUGGGACGGCGCGUCGAAGAGCACAUCGCCAACGAUCACUUGGCCGUUGCGCAGUCCCAGAGCCUAUCGCCAGCUCUUACCAACCACCUUCCCUCUCCCAGUGACGGCUAUCAUCAGGAUGGCUCGAGGCUUGGCCCUGUGGGAGCGGCGAGGAGCACUCCGACGGCGAGACCAAGUCUUGCUGCCCCCGUCUGGGAUGCAAAUGGCACCGACGAGUAUCCAGACGGCCGAGUGCCAUCAAACUCAUCCGUAAACAACUCCUACGCUCAAACAUAUCCGCCCUCAGGAUUUUCAACAUCUCGGAGAGGCCCCUCAUCCAUUAGUGCCGCUAACGACUUUCCCCCUCACGAUAUUGUCUACAACAUUGUCGAUCUCUAUUUCAAACAUUGCAACCCCUGGUGCCCUAUCCUGGACCGCAAAACCAUAUUCGGCAUCUUUUUCGGAUCAACGUCUUUAAACGAGCCCGAUCGCGUCCUUUUACAUGCAAUCGUCGCAACGACUUUGAGAUUUUUAAAAGACCCUCGGCUGUCUCCGGAAAUGCGGGCCCACUACCAUGCGGUAUCGAGGCAGAUCGUUCAGAGUUACGCCAUGGAGAAUGUAACCAUUGCAGCUCUUAGAGCCUUGGUUAUCCUUAGUCUGGACGAGUUGGGCACCUCAAAUGGGCCCAAGGGAUGGAAUAUGCUAUCGCUUCUGGCUCAGAAUGUCAAACAGCUCGGACUGUGCGAAGAAAGCAGCGUCUAUUUAUCCGUUCAGGCUGACAACGUGCCACAUACGGGAUCAAUACGACGAGUUGUUACUGGGCGGCCGGAAUCGUGGAUUGAAGACGAAGGACGCCGAAGGAUUUGUUGGAUGGUAUAUCUACUCGACCGAUACGCAACAAUAGCGACAACGACUUUCGACUUUAUGCUAGAGGAUAGGAAGAUGCAUCGAGUGCUCCCGUGCUCUUAUGACCUGUUUUCUAGAGAUGUCCCGGUCGAAACACGUUCUUGGGUUUCGCCAUCUCAGCAGUACGGCACCACUGGGUAUGCGGUUAAUAAGCCGGAGAAUCUGGGGAGCUUCUCUUACCACUGCGAGAUAUUGAGGAUACUCAGCAAAGUUCAUAAUUUCCUGAAGACACCGGUCGACAUCACAUCAUCAGCCGACGUAGCCAGCUGGCGGAAUACCUACCGAUCACUAGAUGGCGCGCUAGAUGGCUGGCUGAGGAGUCUGCCAAGCGACUAUAGUAAAAUAUCAGCGCUAUGUCACUCUGAUCCUGGGAGCCGAGUAGCAAACUGGUUCAUGUUGCACGGUGCAUAUGUCACGUCUGUGGUAAGGUUACAUUCCUCGGCUGCAUAUCCUACGGUCAGAUCGCACCUCUUCGUUCCUUCGUAUUACGCAAUGCAGCGUUGUCUAUCUGCGGUCCAGAGCCUGGCGGAUAUUGCGCGGGACGUUUUUGAAGCAAGUGGUCUAGAUAAUCUUGGCCCUCCUUUUGUGUUCGGUCUUUGGGUCGCUGCCCGGCUGUUACUGGUCCACGCAGCAUCAAUAGGCUGCCCCGUCGAUCCCAAGAUUGAAUUCUUCAUCGAAAUAUUGAGCCACAUUGGGCAAUAUUGGGAGGUUGCCAACAACUAUGCCAAAAUAUUAUCUAGAGCCGUGCAGAGGGGGCGGCAAGGAGAUAUGAACUUUACGGCUAUGCGCAGGAGCGCACAUGAUUUAGCAACUUUGACGUCGUCAACGAGACAAUCCGGCGCAGAACCGACGUCAACACAGGUGACGUCGCUGAGCGAACUCGACAACAUUGACAUCUUCGACUUCUUCAACUACCCUAAAUUAUUAGAACCAAGGACAGGGAAUGGCCAAGCAUGGCAGACACAGGGCGUUAACGGGCUGACGGGAGAAUCCAUGAGGAUGCCAGAUCCGGAGUCGGACUGGCUGGGGUACACUUCACAAUAUCAGUAA